UGAAAGUUGACCGAAUUUUGAAAUGAAGGUUGUAGAUUGUGUUCUCAAGGUCGCCUUGUGUGCUUUGUUAUUUAUCUGAAAGUCUUAAAGCCAAAAUAUCAGUGUACGUUAGCACUCUGGAUUCUUUUGAGUUAUAAGAUCAUAUCUAAAAGAGAUAUUACAAAUUGAGCUACCCUGAUAUGAUUAUUUAAUCCUAUUGGUGUUUCCACAUAAGUUUUCCCUAAUAAUUGUUGUCUUUAAUCGCGAAUCACAGCUAGUUAAAUUGUUCGCUCGAAAUUCUCAUAUCCGUGGUGGAUGGCGUUGGAGUUUGAUUUUGGCUGGAUAUAGGUUCUGUAUGUUGCCUUGGAUACUAGAUGAGUAAUGUAUUUUGUGAGAUUAUAAUGUACUCAGCUUAUUUUACUGUAAGUUUCACGCGGCUAUUCAACCGGGGUUAGUAGCGUUUCUGGUACAAGGCUUAAGUUGCAUUACCUUGUCUGUUUUUUUACUAUUGUAUGAAAAACCGUGUGUUAUAAAGACACAAUCAAACCCAUUUUCGAAUUAAAGUUUAUGGCAAUUAUCGAAAAAUAAAUAUUUUUCCAGCGGCGUUUAAAAUUUUGGCAAAAAGCGUAUCGGAUCUCUCUUUAUUUCACUGACCCGUUGAUCAUCUCUAGAUGCUUUUUGUGAUGUUGCUAUCAUUAAUCGCUACAUUUUUAACUGUCUAUUGUUGAGACGUUUAGUAAGAUAUGAUGAAGGUACCUAACCACGUAUCUUCAUCAAUGAAGAUCGUCAGUCGCUUUUGCCUUCUAUGAUGUUCUGGAAACAUUUCUCAGUAAAAUAUCUAGUGGUCGCAUGUAUCUGUUACCUUAAAAUUAUAUUUCCAUCUUGGAUAAAUAAUCUCUCAAUAUAUGAUUACAUGGAAGUUACGUAAAUUGUGUGUUGUCGGUUAAAGAUUAGUGUAUUUUAGAAUAACAUUCACCGUGCACCUCUGAAUUCCGAAUUAUUUUCAUAUUGCUGAGCAGGUAUGCGAUUAGCUUGGGCAGUUGGCAUUUUGAAUAUAAUUUAGAAAUUCAUGCAUCUGUAUAGUUGUAUGAAUGUUGUGAUAGACAAAAUCAACUUCAGGCUAGCGGCUUAUAUCAAUAUAGGUUACCGUUGAUUCCAUGGUGAUACUUAUUUCACCACAGAAUGUUGGGUUUGUGGUGCUAUCAUAAAAUCAAUCUUGUUCGACGUUUGAAGAAUUUAUUCUUUCCAUGCUAGUAAAUUUUCGCCAAACCUCUUAGGUCGUCGUUCCUAAGAAAGAUCUAUAUUCAUUGAAAACGCCUUCUAGUUCAUAUUAAAAUCAAUCGAUCGCUUUUGCACAACUUAGAUUAUCUUUGAAUCAGUGGUCCCUUUAAAUAUCAAAUUCGACUGUUUAGAUAUGUAUUACAAAUGUCGUUCAAGCGAAUUUUAAAUUAAACAUUGCCUUGUGACCAAGACUGGAUCAAAGAAUAAUAUAGUUUAUGAUGUCACUAUGCUGUUUGAAAAUCAUAUGUUUGGUUAGCAUCUGUUAGUACACCACAACUCAUAUGGGUUCCUGGAGGUCUUGCUACGUAACUUCCCUUACCCAUCUAUCUUUGUUCUGUUGAUGUAUGUAUUUGCAUCGAUUUUGUAUGUUUUCAACAGCGAAAUGCUUCACUUCAUGUUCUCGAAAAAUAAUUCAUACUGGGUUAUUCGAAUUUUUUUGAGACUACGCUUUUCGAUAGUAUGAGAAGCUGGAGAUGGCCAUAUUUUCCACUUCGUUAAUCAAAACUUAAGUACUGUUAAAGAAGACAACCACGAUACUGACAACUUUUGAGCACGCAGCAAACUUGACUGAAAUGUCAUCGGGAGGAUUUUUAGCAUGAUAUUCAUCUUGAAUGGUAUAUCCUAGUACAGAUAUUUGUCUUAAGCAAGUCAAUUCCACCUAUUUAACGGAAGUCUGAUUUACAUGAUAGAAAAUCGAUGUUCAGAAAUGUAUUCAACCACCAAUAGGCGGUCAGUUAAGAUUAUAAUUUGAAAAAUCAUACUCAUCAUUUUACAAAAAAGAUAAGAACCGUUGAACUUUCCAAGUAAAUCUUCAUGUCUAUCAAUCAACUUUUAUUUUACCGGACUUACCAUCUUUACACUAUUGACUUCUGUCACAAACGUACUGUGAAUGAAAUCUUGAUGGUUUAGAAUGUCCAUCUUUUGUAAAGAUAUGAUGAUAUUUUGAUGACCUCAAUGAACUGUUCUCAUCUUGUUCAAGUUUUAAAGACUACCACUUUAACGAUGCAUAGUAAUUCUAAUUAAACUUAAUAAUUUAGUAUUGAACGAAUACAUGACAAUAUCUGAUCAAUAAGAAUAAAAUUUCAUUUAGUAUUCCGAAAAUUAAUAAACAUUUAUAUUAACAAAUUAAUUACACUGAAAAUCUAAUUGACUUCACACAUAUCCAUAUACAGAUGUAAAACGUUUACUAUAAUUUAAAAAUUACAUAGUUUCACUAAUGAAGUGGUCAUUUAGUAAUCAAAUGGAAAAAAGAAAUAUUGAUCAGAGAGUACUUCUAUUCUCUGACACUUAUUUAUUAAUCACUAACGUUGAUUUGUUGUUCAUGUCCUAACAACACACAUUUAUUUCUAUCAGGGUUUUACUCUCUUAAAUUAUUAAGUUUAAUAUUAUUGAAUCAAUGAGUCAGCCUAUUUAUUUUUGUGAAUUAUUCAUUAAUUUAGUGCAGUUCUGAACAUAAGCGUGUUAUUUGUUGUUGCUCUAAUUUUAGCUGUCUAAAUACUAUUUAGCGAUUGUGAAUUUAUACAGAGUAUUUAAAUUAUGACAUUUAAUUAGUGUACUUUCAAACACCAGCUGGUCAACUAGCGUGAUUUAUGGAAUCAACGAAUAAUUCUAUAAAACCAUGUCAUCAUUUUUAUAUUGGAACUUGACUGCGACCAUAGAAUUAUUUAGCUAUUUAAUUAAAACAUGGAAACUUCGUCAAACGAAAGUGUAUAAUAUUAGGGGUAAAAUGACUCUGAAUGAAGUUCUUAAACCAUUUUCACUUUGAUAUGACUAAGCUAAUUUAAUAAUAAUCAUAUCUGUAAGAUAUAAUUAGAAUGAGCUUGUUCAACGUAUCUGAAUAUUCACCAUUCUGUACUUUUUUUAAGUUGGUAGUUUUGGCGACUAGUGAUUGUCAGCUUCAACAACAUCUAAAUUUUCCUAUCGUAAUAAUUUUUACUUGUUCAGAAAGGUUUUUGAUUAACUUGUUUGGCACGAAGUUGUGUUUUUACGAUUGCAAUAUUCGAUUAAAAAUUUCUCAGAAAGUGGAGAUUUCUUCUAAAAGAUAGAUAUGGCCAAUUAACAAGUAAUCGGCAACUGCAUAUAAAUCUAAUGUUUCCCUAACGUUAGAUUUCAGUUGGCUAAUAUCAAAUAUAGUGUAACACAAUGUCUUGUGACUUAAUUUAUUGAUCAGGUACAAAGUAUUUAUCUUAUUGUAUUUCAUUUAGAACUAAACAGUAGAAAGUGAUAAUGCGUUGAUAUAAGAACGUACUAAAAAAUCAUAACUUAUUAGUAGUAGACAUUAGUUUGUGAGAAAUGCCUCUAAACAAUUCACUUAAGCUACUUAAAAGUUACCUAAAACUGAUUGAUGACAUAUUUACACUCGUAUCUUUUAAAAAUUUUAUUGUUAAACACCACAGAUACUAAGAUAUGUAAAAUCAUCGACCAUAAAAUAUGUCAGCAUUUGCCUAUGGUGGUAAUAUGAUUUGAGCAUACAGACAGGUUAGUAGAUAUUUCUCAUUAGCAGCUUUAUUUCAGUCAAUAACCUAUAGCAUGUUUAAGUAUAAUACUAGUAAAAAACUUUACCGAUAACGAAAUCCUGUAUUCCUUAUCAGCGUCCGUCCAUACGGACCUAACUUCGAUCUUCCUUUUAAUAUGGUUUCUAGUCCUCUGUUCUCUUUACAAACAUUUUAGUUAAGCUAUCAAUUAAAGAAAUAAACAAAGUUGCCUAGCUAUGUGGCAUUUUCGCAACAUUUUUCUUAUGUAUCUCCAUAUUUGUUCGCCCAAACGUACUUAGGGUUUCAGUUCCUUAUACUGAUGUAAUAGUCAUUUAAAUGCUUUACUACAGUGCAGCUAUUACAUUUCCUGUCUCACAACACGUUCAGUUACUUUUCCUCUGUAUCCUAAUGUUUCUAAUCUAUGUUUAGAUAAAUAAUGUCUGGCAAAAACAGUCAUAUAAUUAGUGAGAGCGAUGUAAGGAGUGAACCGUCGGUUUCAACUUGCCUACCGGAUAGGAAGACUUCAAGUUUGGACCACAGUGGGCCAUCUGUACCAACUAUGUUAGCAUACGUUGAUUUUCGUCCAUGGUUUAAAGGGUGGGAUCAACUUGACGUAAAUGAUCAGGACAAAUUGAAGGACCUGGUAACAUUUAAUUCUACUAGUCAAAUCGACUAAUAUCCAAAUAUCUAAUGAUGUAUUAAAAUUAUCUCCUUUCAUGAACUUCAAAAUUCUUUGGUUUGAUGAAUCUGGAGAUAUCUGGAAUAAUGUAGUAUCUCUAAUUCCACUCUGAUUAUAUACUAUUUCUCAGUAGCAGUUAUGGAUCCAAUUAUUUCCAAAAUAUUUGCUCUGUUUUGCGUUACCCAUGGGUAAUAAUAUUUUAACAUGUAUAUUUUGUAAUACCAGAAUACAACAUUUU